GGUUGUGAGGAGGGAGGCGGAGGCUGAGGCAAAGCAAUAGAGCAGGAGCGACGACGAAGGGAAGACCAGCGACCACCCCCCUCCGAGCCGCCGCCGCUGCUGCUGCGCCCCGUUGGGGGGUGGGGAGGGACCCACGACAUGGCCGGACGCCGCCGGCUUUUAAUGUGAAAGAACAUCUGAACAACUUUUGAACCUAAUUGGAAGGAAGAGUGCUAUUAGCUGAACUUUGCUUUAUAUACAGUGCUACAAAACACUGCAAAUAAGGGUGACGAGGACCUUGUCUCUUAACCUGGCUCUGUCAUGGAUGAAGAGACUCAGCACAGCCUUGAAUGCAUCCAAGCUAAUCAGAUCUUCCCCAGGAAGCAGCUGAUCAGAGAGGAUGAGAAUCUCCAGGUCCCUUUUCUUGAACUUCAUGGUGAAAGCACAGAAUUUGUGGGACGAGCAGAAGAUGCCAUUAUUGCACUUUCCAACUACAGGCUUCACAUCAAAUUUAAGGAAUCGGUUGUGAAUAAUGUCUGUAAAUUUGCUGCUUGUGAGACCUCAGUUCCAUUACAGCUUAUAGAAAAUGUUGAAUGCCGGGACAUAUUUCAGCUUCAGUUGACUUGUAAGGACUGUAAAGUUAUCAGGUGUCAGUUUUCUACCUUUGAGCAAUGUCAAGAGUGGCUUAAACGGCUGAACAAUGCAAUACGUCCUCCAUCAAAGAUAGAAGAUCUGUUUUCAUUUGCUUACCAUGCCUGGUGUAUGGAGGUGUAUGCUAGUGAAAAAGAACAGCACGGUGAUUUGUGUCGACCAGGGGAUCACGUAACAUCAAGAUUUAAAAAUGAGGUUGAAAGGAUGGGUUUUGAUAUGAACAAUGCCUGGAGGAUUUCCAAUAUCAAUGAGAAGUACAAACUUUGCAGUAGCUACCCCCAAGAACUCAUAGUUCCUGCUUGGAUCACAGAUAAAGAGCUGGAGAGUGUGGCAAGCUUCCGAUCUUGGAAACGCAUCCCUGCUGUCGUUUACAGGCACCAGAGCAAUGGAGCUGUAAUUUCCCGUUGUGGGCAGCCUGAAGUCAGUUGGUGGGGCUGGAGAAAUGCUGAUGAUGAACAUCUUGUCCAAUCAGUGGCCAAAGCCUGUGCCUCAGACUCGAAGUCCAACAACAGUAAACUAAUGAAUGGAAACUGUUCAAGAGAUUUUUCCAACGGAGGAGACUUUUCUGAUAUGGAGUUUGAUUCCUCCAUGUCAAAUGCUUCAGGAGUGGAAAGCUUAGCUAUCCAGCCUCAGAAACUCUUGAUCUUGGACGCACGCUCUUAUGCAGCUGCUGUGGCAAACAGGGCCAAAGGAGGAGGCUGUGAAUGCCCAGAGUAUUAUCCGAACUGUGAAGUAGUGUUCAUGGGAAUGGCAAACAUCCAUUCUAUCCGGAAGAGUUUUCAGUCGCUGCGUUUGCUCUGCACGCAAAUGCCAGACCCUGGAAACUGGCUAUCAGCUCUGGAAAGCACCAAAUGGCUGCAGCACCUGUCUGUGCUUCUGAAAUCAGCACUGCUGGUAGUUCAUGCAGUGGACAGAGACCAGCGACCUGUCUUGGUGCAUUGUUCAGAUGGCUGGGACCGAACACCGCAGAUAGUGGCUCUGGCUAAGCUGCUACUGGAUCCAUAUUACAGGACCAUAGAGGGUUUCCAGGUGCUGGUGGAAACGGAGUGGCUGGAUUUUGGCCAUAAGUUUGCCGAUCGCUGUGGCCAUGGUGAGAAUUCGGAUGACCUGAAUGAACGCUGCCCAGUGUUUUUGCAGUGGCUCGACUGUGUCCAUCAGCUCCAGAGGCAAUUCCCUUGCUCUUUCGAGUUUAACGAAGCAUUCCUUGUCAAGUUGGUGCAGCAUACCUACUCUUGCCUUUUUGGUACAUUCCUGUGCAACAAUGCGAAGGAGAGAGGAGAAAAGCACACCCAAGAAAGGACAUGUUCAGUUUGGUCUUUGCUGCGAGCAGGAAACAAAGCCUUCAAAAAUCUGCUCUACUCCUCCCAAUCGGAAUCUGUGCUGUAUCCUGUGUGCCACGUACGAAACCUAAUGCUUUGGAGUGCAGUUUAUUUGCCAUGUUCUUCCCCUUCUACCCCAGCGGAUGAUACUUGUGCCCCUUAUCCAGUCCCAAACUCUACUCCUGAAGAUCAGCCUCUGGGAAGGCUACCAAAGACAAGGUCCUUUGACAAUCUGACAACGGCCUGUGACAGCAGUGUACCUACAACCAACCGGCGCAGUAGUGAUCCCAGUCUCAAUGAGAAAUGGCAGGAGCACCGCCGUUCUCUAGAGCUCAGCAGCCUUGGGAAUCCAGGGGACGAUCUCUUUGAUGGGGAGAACCUGGGCAAACAAGGCAAGACUCUGGUUGGAGCAGAACUUUCUGUGGCUGCAGGUGUAGCAGAAGGACAGAUGGUGAACAUCUUGCAGGAGGCUACCAAGGAGGAAGGAGGCCUGGAGGAAAGCAUGAGGAGCACGGUGGAAACAGCAGGUAAAGAAGGAGAAGAGGAUGUUUCCCAGGAUAAAGAAAGCAGGACUGAAAACCUGGAUGGCAAUGUGGAUGGUACGUGUAAAAAGACUGAGAAGGAGGCAGAUACUCUUGUGGACAAUCCAGUUUCCAUCCAGCAGGUGGAUUCACAGGGUGCUUUUGAACUUCAAGGACAAGAGAAUGAGCAUAUAGCUGUCCAGAAGUCAUCUCAGGUGAGAGGACUGCAGACUGGCUUUUUGGACAACAUUGUAAAUAGUAGCAUUCAAAGAGAAGAGGAGAACAGUGUUAGACUAUCUGUAGAAACUGAAAACCCCCAUGGUACCCCCCAGCAUAGCCCACUGUUGCCUGUCCUGCAGGAAGCAGGAAUAUCAAACAUGGAGAGUUCUACUGAAACCUUAACAGAGAAUGGAGCUAAGACAGAACUGAUCCAAAAUUUCCCUUGCCAUUGGUUCCAUUCCAUGGAAAACAGUGCUGAUGAAUUUCCCCAGACUGUUGAAAGUAGACCUGGGAGGGAGGACAUGAUAGAACUUCACAUACUGGCAACAAACAGGACUCCUAAGAUCAGCAACAUGCACAACCCGUUGCCUUCACCUUGUGCCUUGCCUUUAACUGAAUGUAAAGUGGAGAUUGUCUGUAAUGGGGAGGUGGAGUCUGAGAACAAGGUGACAGAGAAACCCACAGGGUUCAGUGUUACCCAGAAGUACCCUGCGCCAAAUGGACACUGUGUGAAUGGAGAGGAAGGUAGGAUAAAGGUCCCUCUGAGCCGGCAGGUCUCCACAGCUAGCUGCAGUUCUGCUCCAUUGCAUCUGAGGAACCUGCACCACAAGGGGAUUCAUACCGUGGCAGGUCGGCACCAGACAGCAAAUAGCCCAGACCAGCCUGCCCGUAGCCAUCUGGAUGAUGAUGGGAUGCCAAUCUAUGCUGAUGUAAUUCAGCAGCGCCUCCGCCAGAUUGAAACUGGACAUCAGCAAGAGGUGGAGACGUUAAAGAAGCAGGUGCAAGAGCUGAGGAGCCGGUUGGAGAGCCAGUACCUGAACAGCUCGCUACGUUUCAAUGGUGACUAUGGAGAUGAAGUGACUUCAAUACCUGACUCGGAAAGCAAUCUGGAUCAGAACUGCUUGUCUCGCUGCAGUACAGAGAUUUUCUCUGAAGCCAGCUGGGAGCAGGUGGAUAAACAGGACACAGAGGUGACACGGUGGCUUCCUGAUCACUUGGCUGCACACUGUUACGGCUGCGACAGUGCAUUCUGGCUUGCUAGCAGGAAGCAUCACUGCAGGGACCCUGAACGUGUUGAUCAGACUUGGAAUUGUGGGAAUGUGUUUUGCUCCAGCUGCUGUAACCAGAAGGUGCCGGUCCCCAGCCAGCAGCUCUUCGAACCGAGCCGGGUCUGCAAAUCCUGCUACAGCAGCUUGCAUCCUGCUAGCUCCAGCCUUGAUCUUGAACUGGACAAGCCUAUUGCUGCCACUUCAAACUGAAGCUCCAGCCUGGAAGGAAACUGGGGGAGAGGCUGCCACCUCUGCCCUCAGAGUGGACAUGCACACCCUCGAUGGACUGAAGCUGGUCAGACUGGAGAGGCCGUGCACUUUGGAGUGGGGAGUACGGAACACUGCUCAGAGGGAGAGGGCGUGAGGAUGUAUUGGUGGAGUGUGGAAACCUUUACUUUCCAUCUGUUGCUCCCCAUUUACUUCUCAUCCUACUUGUGUGUUAUAUUGUGUUGAUUUUGCUGAAAGACUGUGAAAAGGGGCCUGAGCCUGGAAUCUGUUUCUCCCACAGGCAUUUUUGCUGCCCUGCUGUUGAACUGUGCUGCAGACAGAUAACUCCUGUCUUACCAAGAUGAGAGUAGGUGCAAUCAGUCCAGGGACAUUGUGAAUACCUGUAGCAUCAGUGCUAGUGCUUUCAGUCACUCCUGUUACUUCCCGACAACAAACUGCUGUUUGGGAAGUCGUUGCUGCUAGAAGAAGUGGAAGCUGCCUUCUCAAGAGAACUCUCUCCCUCUCUGUUCUUAGAGUGGGUUUAGUUAUCCUUGCUGCAUGAAAAACGGGGGCCGGUUGCAGAUCACCUCACCGGGCGAUUCUUGGCCAGUGUCGGCCAGCCUGUGGCUUGGAGUGGGAAAUGUCAGGACAGUUUUUGGCUAAAGGAAGUAUGAGCUUGUUUGAGGGAAGUGAGAGGGAAGGUGAUUGGGCAGGCCACCUGUUCACAGGGUGGUUUUUUUAAAAAACUGGCGCCUCUGUGUAAGAUUCUGUACAUGCACCCUGUUCUAAAUGAAUUGGUGGCUGGGCUUGUUAGAACCUGUUAAGCAUCUCCCCUUGCCCUGCUUUUAAAGACUGGUUUACACAGGAGGCUGCAUGCAGAGCUGGGCUGCAUCAUGUUGUUGGUCAGAUUCUCCCCGUCACGAUUUUAUGCUGAGCAGAAUUUCCCAGCAAAGGAGGAGAGCUGCUGGUCAGGGAAGACUGUCCGGCUGAAGCCCACAAAAUGAGGCACUUUUUCUCCCAGUUUUGCUCUUUCACAAAAAUCUCAUAUUUAAGGAUAUGACUGGACCAAAACAAUUUUUUAAAAAGCUUCCCUUAUAUUAAAAUCACUUUUUAAAUGUUGCCCUGGUAAGGUUUGACAGUGUGCUCACAUUUUUGGAGUUUAUAAUUGGCCUAUUGCUCCACUUUUAAUCUGCUUGAUAGCUGGAGUGGCAUUAUAAUACCACUUUCCCCAGUUUGUUGUCACAGCUAAGCUGACAUGGUUUCUGCCUAAUGUCAUCGAUUACUGGUGUGCCUCCACCCCACCCCCCAUCCCCCAAAUUUGGAUUAGUCUGCAUGUUUCCAUGCUACACUGUUACUGCUUGGAAUGGCAUCCAUGUAGUGGCUUCUCCCACAGUGGCGUGGUUAGCUUGAUGCAGUAAUACUCUGCAUAGCGUUCUUGUGAACUGUGCUAGUAGUUUUCACAUCAGAGCCAGUAGCUGCCACAAAGAUGGCUUGAAAACUCUUCACGUGGUGUGCCUGAACUGCACAGGAGGCGGAGCCACCAUAGGGAGUUCAUUUCCUGCAGCACUAGUGUCAUAAAUGUGUGGACCAACUAAGAAAAGAACCCACAGACAAAGAAUCUACUGCAAAGACAGGAAUUUUGCCUCUGUGUAUUGCAACAGUGAUGGCUUUGGGAACUGAAUUUUGUAAGGCUGAGAUUGUCUUGGAAUAUCCGAAAGAUCUGUGGAACGGGUGUGUCAACAUCUGUGACUCUUUGAUGUCUGAAUUGUCCAGGUUGUUUGAGAAAAGAGCAUAUGUUGUCUAUAACACAAUACAAAGGAGGUGUUUGAAGUGGGGGUGGGGUGCAAACCAGGAUCCCAAAAGGCUAGUGUAGAAGAGUCGUUUUAUCUUUAAGGCAGUCAUGGGCUCUAGCUUCCUGGUAUUCUUCACACUUCUUCCAAUAGGGAGGAUUAGUGCAAAUUCCAAUUUGGACUUCUAAAAAUAUCAAAUGAAAUUAUUGGGGUUUAUGCAGUAAUGCAUAUUAUAUCUGUAGAGGUUGCAGUUCCAGGUACAGCAGAGACUGCUGGAACAAAAAAUGGGAGAAAGUACAGAAUUUUUCUGUAUCUGUCCAUUAAUGCAGGGGGGGUUGUUGUUAUUUUGGAGGGAAAUGGGAUUGCAUUACACAUGGAUGGCUGCGUGGUUUUCUGGUACAAGUAGAUGGUGAGAACAAAGUCUGAUAUUUUGCAGUUCAUAAUGACAGGUGCCAAGAGGUUCUGAUACGGGUUUUUGGGGUCUGUGAUGUACAGUGUGAAUAAACGCUUGCAGCUCUUAGUCUUUUUUGAUGAAUGAAGCACUUUUUUAUUAAUAUUUUUCUUUGUAUGUAAAGCAGGAAACUAUCUCCACAUAGCUGUAUAUAUAACCCUUUCCUAAAGAGGAGCAAAGUUGCUCCUUUAUAUUUUUCAGUUUUUUGU